AGUCAUGUAUCGGAUGAAAGCGGUUCGAUCGUGUGUCCUCAUCUUCAGUUUGAUCAGUAUCUGUGAACUGGGUUCUGGAAAUGAACUUCUUUAUCAUGAAUAUGCAGUUAACCCUCUCGGAACUCUGCAUCGAACUUUUGAGGUCAAAAAAGCUAUAGCACCAUUUUUAACUUCUACAGAGUUUUUGGAAUGGACAGAUCACUUAAAUGCGCACUCACUCUUGAAAAGAGCAGACCAAAUUCAUAUUAACACCACCAAUACAACACAUCCAGGAGGCGCUCAAAUUUCUCUCAUCAGUGCUUUCCAGAAAUUUUUAUCAGGACUUAACAACAACAGCACCUUACAGACAAACAAUGACACAAAGAGCACCAUUCAGCUGAUCAACAAUAUACUUGGAUCCCUGUCGCCUAAUGGAAGCUCGUCUCAGCCGAGCAAGGUUUCCCAGAGUAGUUCUUCAGGUAACAGUCUUGGAAACACAAUCCAGAAUAUUCUCCAAAACCCCGAUUUGAUCGAAAAAUUUAUAACACAGAUGCUGGAAAGCAUUGGCAUUGGUGGUUCUUCAGGAAAUGCGUCUCAGUCAAACAGUGCUUUCCCAAGCAACUCUUUAGUUGAUGGUCUUGGAAAAACGAUCCAGAAUAUUCUUCAAAAUCCUGACACGAUGGAAAGUUAUUUCACAGUUGAAGGAACCGGAGCUACCUCAGGAUUAGACUUUGCAAACAUCUUAAAGCUUCUCUCGACUGGAAAUGUGGAUCUCAGCAGUGCUGGGCAGAUGAUGAUGCUGUACUUAAACGCCAUGAUGAAAUCCUCAAAUGUUUCCUUGACUUGUCAGAGUGACCUCCUUAAAGUAAUCUCAGGUCUGCAGGCGCGGGAACCAUGGGCAUUGAAAAUGUUGGACGCAUCAGCAAAGAUACCCACAGGUGUUAUGAACCUGGACCUGAAUUGGUACGGUUCGUAUGAUGAGUGUUAUAGUGACAGCACAGUAGUGGGGUCGAUGGGAUUCCUACCAAGCAAGCAAUCUCCCGUUAAAGGACAGUACUGUACCGUGUCCCUGAAUCUUCCUUUGCCUCCAAAUAUCAAAAUGUUUCUGGCAGCACUACAAAAUCCAGGUGCAAUCAAGGCAGGAAUGUGCUUCCCAAAGUCCUGCAGUACUGACGAUCUCCUCCGAGCUGUAAAUACAUUUCUGUACGCUAUACCUCUCGGAGAAGCCCGUGUGACAGCGUAUCCCAUAACUUGUCCUACUCCAGCCGAAGACGACAAGCUGGAGACUAGCACUAUAGUAGUCAUUGUCAUUCUUGCAAUUUUUUUAUUACUCAUCUUGGUGGGAACACUCUAUGACGUCAUCCUGAAAAUAAAGAUUAGGCGUAGAAAGGCGAAUUACGAAAAACACGAAAGCAAAGAGAACAAAAGUUUUAGUUCCCCUGUCACAAGCUACAAACUGAGAGUUGACCUAGGAGAUAUCCAACGUCCUACAACAGAGGAGAAAAAAAGUGAACCGGGUGUUCUUGGUAAAAUUAUGUUGUCUUUCAGCGCCUACACCAACGGUAAGAAGAUACUGAACACGUCUCAACCAAAAGGAAGUCUGACGGCCAUCAACGGAAUCCGAUUCCUCAGUAUGAGCUGGGUCAUCCUGGGGCACACAUUGUCUUUCAUUCUUGGAAAUACAUCCAACACGCUGGUAUACUACUACGAUUUCAUGGGUCGUAUCUCGUCUCAGGUCAUCUUCAAUGCCUUGGUGUCCGUUGAUACAUUUUUUGUUCUCAGUGGACUGUUGACAUCUUACCUGCUGCUGAAGCAAAUGAGCAAAACUAAGGGGCGGAUCAAUUGGUUCCUUUUCUAUUUCCAUCGAUUUUGGAGGUUGACCCCCGUUUACAUGAUGGUGAUCGGUAUGUAUGUGACUAUUUAUCCUCACUUGGUAUUCGGUCCUAACAAACCAGCUCCAGAUGAAACAUGUAAAAGAGCCUGGUGGAAAAACCUUCUGUACAUUGAUAACUUCUUUGGAUACAAAGACUUGUGUUUAGGCUGGUCAUGGUAUCUAAAUAACGACAUGCAGUUCUACGUGUUAAGUCCAGUUAUGAUUGUGAUCAGUUCUUGUAAGUAUGGAAAUUCAGGAAAGUAUUUUUUCAACAAGAUACUUGGGGCUAUUGUGACGCUUGUUUUCUUGCUGGCUGCGACCAUCACCCCAGGUGUACUGAGUUACGUGAAAAACCUUCCAGUUCACACCAUUGGUGGCGGUCCCAAGGACGCUGAUAGAGCCGCCUACUUUGAGGACUAUUACAUAGUACCAUAUUGUCGUAUGGGACCAUACAUUUGCGGUAUUAUAACAGGCUACAUACUCUACAAAACCAAAUGCAAAUGCCGAAUGAAUAUCUUCGUGAACCUGUUGGGGUGGGCGGUAGCUGCAGCCUCAGCCUGUGCCGUUUUGUACGGUAUUUACGACACGGUAAAACCAGACCAACCGGUGGCCCUGUCCAAAGAGGUCACUGCUCUGUACAACGCCCUCAACAGAACCGUGUGGGGAGCGGCGGUGUGUUGGGUCAUCUUCGCAUGCGCUACCGGAAAUGGGGGCUACAUCAACACAUUGCUUUCAUGGAAAGCAUUUGUGCCUCUUUCUCGACUGACAUACUGCGCCUAUUUGGUCCACCCUCUGGUUAUGUACGUGUACUACUUCAACAGAAAUUUCCCCUUCUAUCUUACUGAUCUGGAUAUGGUCUACACCUUCCUUGCCAAUCUCAUGGUAUCUUACGGAAUAGCUUUUAUCCUCUCGAUCGCGUUCGAAUCGCCUUUUAUGGGACUCGAGAAAGUCAUGUUUGGAAGUCGUGGUAAAAAAGAAACCAAAUGAAAUAUAGGAGAGGACUGUUUGUAAAAAAUAUGAAAGGCGUCCAUCCUAACUUCAAUUCUCCGCGUAUGAGGUUGG